UAUUUAACAGGGACAGUUGUGGUUGACAUGACUGAGCAGGCAUGAGGAAGAAGUACUGAAAUGCAGCAUUUUGUGAGACAUUUCCUGCUCUUCCACCGAAUCACCAGCCUGAGAAUCAUUUAGGACAGAAGAAUGGAUUGACUAAAUCUAUGGAUUAAACAUGGACAUCUUUUCUCUGCUAGUACUCCUGCUUUCUCUUAGGAUUGAAGCAGCUGGAGCUCAGGUGACGUUGUCGCCCAUGAACCUGGUUGUUGUGAGAGGAGAGGAGGCCCGUUUCACCUGCAGCACCACCAGCAGUAAGUGGACUGUUAUGACGUGGCUGAUGAACAAUAGACCAGUACUAACUAUCUCCAAGGAUACUGGUCUCCUGCGCCCUGUCUACCAAAAUGUAACGGCCAUCCAAAAGCCCAGCUCAAAUGGAGACAGCUGGGUGUUUAUCCUGAACAGCACAGAGAGGCACAACCAGGGGGGAGUGACUUGUGAUCUCCAGCAUAUUGAUAGCAGAACAGCAAAACUGUCAGUACAAGAAGCCGGCAGUGUGAGUGUCUCCGGAGGUAACAGAUUGGCCUUUAAGGGACACUCGGUCGUAUUUCACUGUGAAGCAGCAGGAUGGCACCCUCCGCCCCGUCUGCAAUGGCAGGUGGAUGACAAAAAGGUGAGCCAGGACAAAUACAACAUCAGCACAGAGAAGACGGAGGGGGGCCUGUUCACGGUGACCAGUAACCUGAGUAUUACAGCUGCAAGGAGAUCUCAUGUGGACUGUCUGGCCUCUGUGUCUGCCCUCUGUGGGCCGCGGAGGAGCGGCGUUGAUCUAACAGUUGUUGCAGAGGUAUUGCAAGAAGGUGACGACUGCACAGUCCCCCUGGCUGUAACCGCCGCCCUCUGUGCCCUUCUGCUGCUCGUGCUGCUCUGCAUCUGCACUGUCCUCUGUUACAGACAAAGGAAGCAAACAAAGGCAAACCCGCAGGAGCCGACAAGGUUCGACCAAUCAGUGUUUGGGAUAAGCUCUGUUGCUGGGGCGACAGGGGGACUGUUUAACCUGGGAUACUCCAGCGAGGGCCCAACAGAUGCGGACUGCAGUGCACUUAACAUGGGGACUUGUAGCCGGAUGGACUUUGUUAGCUUUCACAAGAUUCCUGAUGUCGUCCACUCCAGCAGUCCGUCUCUACACACUGAGAGCCAAACCACAGAGUUUCAAGAGGAUGAAAGCUACGACAAUGUCCGAAGAAUUACCACAGUUUGAAUAUACGUAUUUGUUUUGAUAUGAUCUGCAUACAAUGUCUUUAUAUUUUUGUAAAACACCAAGACUGUUUUGUACCGAGGUUGUCACAUCUUAAUAAAUAAUCUUUUUGGACACUGUAAUUCAUUGCUUAGAUUAAAGUUGUCCAUUCAGGCCAUGAUAACUUUAUUUGGGGACAGAAGAUUAAAUCAUGUUCAUGUGCUAAAUUUGAUAUAAAGUAAUA